UCCGUACGGCAUCAUGGCGGCCGCCUGCAGGCGCGGGUCACGGCCUCACGCCCGGGACAGGGCUGCCGUAAAGCUGGCGCCGCUUCCUCUUCUUCUCCCGCCUCCCACCGGCUGUCGUAAAAGGGUGAAUGGAGAGCGAGUUGUGGGGGGAAGAGGGAAGACAGGGGGCGCAGAGUCGGAGUGGCACAGCUAGUGGCUGCAGGUGGCGACGGUGGCGGGCGUGGGGAGCACGGCAGCUCGGGGGGCGCGGCGGCCGCGGCUGAGGGGGUCCCGCGAGGGCUGAAGCGGCCGUCCGGCCUACUCGCCCGGGGGCCCGGAGCCCCCCGCGGGGGACAUGGACCUCAACCGGAUCAUCCAGGCGCUCAAGGGCACCAUCGACCCGAAGCUGCGCAUCGCCGCCGAGAACGAGCUCAACCAGUCAUACAAGAUCAUCAAUUUUGCUCCCAGCUUACUUCGGAUUAUAGUCUCUGACCAUGUGGAAUUCCCAGUACGCCAGGCAGCUGCCAUCUACCUGAAGAACAUGGUGACCCAGUACUGGCCAGAUCGAGAGCCUCCGCCGGGAGAAGCAGUCUUUCCAUUCAACAUUCAUGAAAAUGACCGCCAGCAGAUACGUGAUAACAUCGUGGAAGGGAUAAUUCGGGCUCCUGACUUGGUAAGAGUCCAGUUAACAAUGUGUCUUCGUGUCAUCAUUAAACAUGACUUCCCUGGCCACUGGCCAGCAGUGGUUGACAAGAUAGACUACUACUUGCAGUCACAGAACAGUGGGAGCUGGCUCGGCAGUUUAUUAUGUCUGUAUCAACUGGUGAAGACUUACGAGUAUAAAAAAGCAGAAGAGAGAGAGCCGUUGAUCGCAGCUAUGCAGGUGUUCCUGCCGUGUGUCCAGCAGCAGAUCAUGCAGCUCCUUCCCGACGCCUCCCACUACUCCGUGUUGCUCCAGAAGCAGAUCCUGAAGAUCUUCUAUGCGCUCGUGCAGUACGCCUUGCCUCUUCAGCUGGUGAAUAACCAAACAAUGACGACGUGGAUGGAGAUCUUCCGAACCAUCAUCGACCGCAGGGUGCCCCCUGAAACGCUGCAGAUCGAUGAGGAUGACAGACCAGAACUGGUGUGGUGGAAGUGUAAGAAGUGGGCGCUGCACAUUGUAGCUCGCCUUUUUGAGCGGUAUGGAAGCCCAGGAAAUGUCACAAAAGAAUACUUUGAAUUUUCUGAAUUCUUUUUGAAAACCUAUGCAGUGGGAAUUCAGCAGGUGCUACUAAAAAUUUUAGAUCAAUAUAGACAGAAAGAAUACAUAGCGCCCCGUGUUCUUCAGCAAGCAUUCAACUAUCUCAACCAAGGGAUCGUGCAUUCUGUAACCUGGAAGCAGAUGAAGCCGCACAUACAGAACAUCUCUGAAGAUGUGAUUUUCUCUGUAAUGUGCUAUAAAGAUGAAGAUGAAGAGCUGUGGCAGGAGGAUCCCUACGAGUACAUCCGGAUGAAAUUUGAUAUUUUUGAAGAUUAUGCCUCUCCCACUACAGCUGCCCAGACUCUUCUGUAUACUGCUGCAAAGAAAAGGAAAGAGGUGUUGCCAAAAAUGAUGGCAUUCUGUUACCAAAUCCUCACGGACCCGAACUUUGACCCGAGGAAGAAGGAUGGGGCCCUGCAUGUGAUCGGUUCCUUGGCAGAGAUUUUAUUGAAGAAGAGUUUAUUCAAGGACCAAAUUGAAUUAUUUCUACAGAAUCAUGUAUUUCCCCUCUUGCUGUCUAACCUGGGAUAUCUUCGAGCUAGAUCCUGCUGGGUGCUUCACGCAUUUAGUUCUUUGAAGUUUCAUAAUGAGCUCAACCUAAGAAAUGCAGUGGAAUUGGCAAAGAAGAGCCUGAUAGAGGAUAAGGAGAUGCCUGUCAAAGUUGAAGCUGCCCUUGCCCUCCAGUCAUUAAUUUCUAACCAGAUACAAGCUAAGGAAUAUAUGAAGCCACAUGUGAGGCCAAUGAUGCAGGAGCUGUUGCAUAUCGUCAGAGAGACAGAAAACGAUGACGUUACUAAUGUCAUCCAGAAGAUGAUAUGUGAGUACAGUCAGGAGGUGGCGUCUAUUGCGGUCGACAUGACCCAACACUUGGCUGAGAUAUUUGGCAAAGUUCUUCAGAGUGAUGAAUAUGAAGAAGUUGAAGACAAAACAGUGAUGGCUAUGGGAAUUUUACAUACUAUUGAUACUAUAUUAACAGUUGUAGAAGAUCAUAAAGAGAUUACACAGCAGCUAGAGAAUAUCUGUCUACGGAUUAUUGAUCUUGUUAUACAGAAACAUGUAAUCGAAUUCUAUGAAGAAAUCCUCUCCCUGGCGUACAGUCUAACCUGCCACACCAUCUCCCCUCAGAUGUGGCAGCUUCUAAGUAUUUUAUACGAAGUGUUCCAGCAGGAUUGCUUCGAAUACUUCACAGACAUGAUGCCUCUCCUGCAUAAUUAUGUGACAAUAGAUACAAAUACCCUGCUCUCCAAUUCGAAGCAUUUGGAAGUCAUCUUUACGAUGUGUAGAAAGGUCCUGUGCGGAGAUGCUGGGGAAGACGCCGAGUGUCACGCCGCCAAACUUCUGGAAGUGAUCAUUCUUCAGUGCAAAGGAAGGGGCAUCGACCAGUGCAUCCCACUCUUUGUCCAGCUUGUUCUGGAGAGAUUAACCCGAGGGGUCAAGACAAGUGAGCUCCGCACAAUGUGCCUGCAGGUUGCGAUUGCUUCCCUGUACUACAACCCUGAGCUAUUGCUGCACACUCUGGAACGGAUUCAGCUGCCUCACAGCCCCGGACCUGUCACUGUGCAGUUUGUGAAUCAGUGGAUGAACGAUACAGAUUAUUUCCUUGGGCAUCACGACCGGAAGAUGUGUAUAAUAGGACUGAGUAUCCUUCUGGAACUGCAGAACCGGCCUCCUGCGGUAGAAGCUGUGGUGGGGCAGAUCGUGCCCUCGAUCCUUUUCCUUUUCCUUGGCCUAAAGCAGGUCUGUGCGACUAGGCAACUCAUACACCGGGACAGCUGUUCAAAAGCAGAGAAAGCGGAUAUGGAAGAAAAUGAGGAGAUUUCCAGUGAUGAGGAGGAGACCAAUGUGAGCGCUCAAGCCAUGCAGUCAAAUAACAGGAGAGGCGAGGAGGAGGAGGACGAGGACGAGGACUGGGAUGAGGAGGUGCUGGAGGAGACAGCCCUGGAGGGCUUCAGCACGCCGCUCGACCUUGACGACAGCGUGGAUGAAUAUCAGUUUUUUACACAGGCUCUGCUGAAUGUGCAGAGUCGAGAUGUUGCCUGGUACCAGCAGCUGACAGCCCCCUUGAGUGACGACCAGAAGAGGAUGCUGCAGGAGGUGUACACGUUGGCAGAGCACCGCAGGACAGUGGCAGAGGCGAAGAAGAAGAUUGAACAGCAGGGUGGCUACACAUUUGAAAACAAAGGCGUUCUCUCUGCGUUUAACUUUGGGACCGUGCCCAGCAACAACUGAAGCGAGGGACAUCUGCUGACCCCGUGUCACCGACAUGUGUGGUCUCACAGGGUGUGAGCUGGGGGAGCUGAGGCCUCCUGCCCACCUCACCUCCAGCACCUGGCACACUCUUGCCCACUCCUGUCCUGAGGCCCUUCCUGCCCCGCGAUCCCUUCUCCAGCAGCUCCUGUAGAGCCUGAGCAUUGCAAAGGACGCCGUCUGUUCCACAGGUGGAAGCCGCGGGGGUUCAGAGGAUCGAAUCAACUUGCACGUCUCAGGUUUUUGCCAUGCAGAAUCAAUAGAUUUAUGCGGUAACAGUGCCUUCUGUUGUACAUGAAUUAUCAGAAACAUUUUUUGGAGUGCAUUGCGAUUUUUUUAAAGCAUAAAACAUAUUUCUAGAUAUGAUGUAAACCUUGGUUACAUGUUGACUUACUCAGCAUUUUACUCUGUGAAUUUGCUGUUAGGCAGUUAGCCGCAGGGCACUCUGGAUUCCAAACCACCACUGCCCCCUUCACCUGCCUGCCCGCUGCCCUGCCACAGGGGCUAUCUUCAGGGGUUGUAAAAUAUGCACUGGCUCUGGUUUUUCAUAAGACAUUCUGUGGCUUUUUAAAGAAGUGUCUUACUCUCUCUCCCACCGUAUUUUUCUACCGUGAAAGGGGUGGUAUGUCUUUCAGAAUCAAGUAUGCGUAUCAGUUUCCUUUCUCACCUGGAAGGUGUAAGUCCAGGAGUCUCAGGGGCCUGGCAGCGUGAGGCAGGGCCUCGCCGCUCCCUGUGUUAACAGCAAGGCUGAGCGGACUGGGAAUCCUGCUUACGCCAGGAAUUGAUCGUCAGGCCAAAAGCGCCCACCAUGCUGCUGGCGGAAGGCGCUGCAUGUGCGUCGGGUUCUAAACAGGGCGCCCAGUUUCGGUAACUCAUUCCAGCCAUGCUGGGCCAGGGUCCAAAGCAUUUUAUAGUGGCAUUCUUUUUUUCUUUAACAAAAGAGCCAAACAAAUCUAAUUUUUUGCUUUCUCACACAUCUGAAUUUUUUUCUUAAUUUGUUUUUGUUGUUAUUACAGCUCAGUUUGGCUUCUUAAAUUUUCUAAGCAUUGAGUGUGUUGGUCAUCUUCAUGCUUGAUAUAAGAUGACCUACCUACAGAAAAUCUGCAGAUGGAAGGUUUUCCUGAAUUAUUAGUCUAGAACAUGGAUCGCUGUGUUUUCAUUGAGUGCAGUGAUAUAUGGCUUGAGAACUUAGCAUAUUACAGAGUGUGAUACAUUUUCCUUUUUCUUGUGGAAUGUCUGCAGGUCAAAUUUUCCGUCUGUGACUGGGAGAAGUUUUCCCAGGUGCUCCCUCCAUUGCCAUCCCCUAUUCACAUUAACUGUUUAAAAUUUUAGGUUAUUUAAAUGAUUUUUAUAGAAGUAGCCUGAAAAGCCAUGAGUUUAGAGGCUAAAUGAGCUUCUGCUUUGCCCCUCUGCUGAGGAGGGUGCUGGAGCCGAGAGCUGAGCCCUCCCCCUGCACUAGAAGGCAGCAUCGGGCAGGGGUUGGAGGGUUCUGGAACUCUCCGUGCCGGACAUGGUUUAAUUUUAACAUGUGUACAAUGCCUUCACACUGGAUGGUACAAGACAUGUGAUUUUAGAGAUCUAUUUUGCGACACACUGUCUUCUGCAGUGUAAAGGGAAGUGCUGAUGUGCAUCAUCGUGUUGUUAGGCCAGAGGAGCUGUGUGAGUUGCUGCCAGCAGUGCUAACCUGAAUGUGACCUGGUGACCUUGGAAACGCAGGAGCUUACAUGAAUGUACUGUAAAAUAAAGUGCGAACUGAUC